GAAAAAUACGGAACACGAGGAGUCGCAAUUUUCUCCAAUGUCAAUUGUCAUUGGAAAAGUAUCGGCGCUACCAAAUCACGCGCCCGCGCGUAUAUACUAACAUUGGUUGAAUUAUAGUUAUAAGUUAUGACAAUUAGCGCCAAAGGAUAAAGCAAGAGCCCCUGGACUAUCUUUUUCCCUCUCUAUCUAUAUUCUUCUCUGCUGUGUUCAUUCUGUGGACACCAUUUCCAUUUCGUUAUUUAGAGAGAAAAAACUGAAUUCAUUUUGCAAGGAAAGGAUUGAAGUGGUGAAUCUGAAGAAUGGCGAUUGAUCCGAGACAGGUGUUAGCAGGAGUGUUGACUGUGACAAUGUUCGUAAUGCUUGGCCAUAUGAUCAAGCGCGAACACUUCGAUUCUGUUCAACCAAUUCACGAGACGAGAAGGGCUUCAGAGCAUGGUCUUGUUAGUGUUACAAAAGGGAGUGACAGGACUUGGAAGAAGGAUGGCUUAACCCUAAAACCAUGUUGGAAUAAGCAAAUGUUGGAAGAUGUAGGCGAAGUGCAGGGUUACGUUACCUUCUCAUUAACAAACGGCCCUGAAUAUCAUGUCUCCCAGAUUACUGAUGCAGUGGUAGUAGCAAGACAUCUGCGGGCAACUCUAGUACUUCCAGAUAUCAGGGGAAGCAAACCUGGUGAUAAGAGGAACUUUGAGGAUAUCUAUGAUGUUGGAAAGUUCAUUACAAGUCUUGAUGGUGUGGUGAAAGUUGUUAAGACUCAGCCUUCUGAUGUAUUAUCACAUAAUCUUGCAGUUGUGAGAGUCCCCAAUAGGGUUACUGAAAAUCUCAUUGCUGAAAACAUUGAACCGAUUUUCAGAACUAAGGGAAACCUAAGGCUAGUGACUUACUUUCCUCCAGUAAAUAUGAAAAAGAAAGGAGAAAGGACUAAAACUGAUUCUACUGCAUGCUUGGCAAUGUUCAGUACUCUUGAGCCACAAAAAGAAGUUCUCGAAGUUGUCAACUCCAUGAUUGAUCGCCUGAGAACCUUAAGUCAGAAAUCAAAUGGACAGUUUGUGGCAGUUGAUCUAAGAGUCGAUGUACUGGAGAAAAAUAGUUGUCAUAAAAAUGGUGGUGCCCUGGUGUCAAAAAGCUGCUACAAUCCGCAAGAGGUAGGUCUCUUUUUAAGGAAGAUUGGCUUUAAAAAGGACACAACAGUGUAUGUGACUCAAUCAAAGUGGGAUAGCAGCCUUGAUGCCCUAAAGGAAUUCUUCCCAAGAACAUAUACCAAGGAGGCUAUAAUGCCCAUGGAUAAAAAGGAUAAAUUCCUCAAUUCUGGCACUUCAGAAUUUGAAAAGGUCAUCGAUUUCUAUAUUUCUUCUGAGAGCGACAUUUUUGUACCAGCAAUCUCCGGCCUUUUUUAUGCCAAUGUUGCUGGAAAGAGAAUUGCUUCUGGCAGGAAUCAGAUACUUGUUCCAGCCAACAUUCCGGGUUCUUCUGCUACAUCAGCAGAUUUCAUUUCUCAUUAUGUGUCGAAAAAGAACCAUUUUGCCUAUUCAUGUUUCUGCUAGUCCAUUUCGGAAUGAAUGACCGAACAGAACUCCAGAAAUAUGUGUGUAGCUUGAUUUUCAGAUCGAUCCAACUUUUCUUUGUAAGAAUACGUGCAGUUAGCUGGUUCAUUUUUCCAUUUAAGAACUCACGGAAAAAGGGGUUAUCCUGACAAUGUUUCCCUUAUUAUAGAACAUGUGCUUGUAUUCCUGUAACAAUUUGCCGUUAGCAAUGUCAAUGUUAAUAGCAUGGUCGAUAAGAUGGGUGCCUCUCGUCAACGAGACUUUUCUUUUUCUCCCUUGCAAGAGUGAUCUCAAUGUUGUAUUCAUCUAGAGAGAGAUUAAACUAGAUGUUGCACGAAGCUGAUAUUGACUCU